GUCGACUGUAUCUCCCUCCCCCACAUGGUCAACCGGGCGGGCGCAUCUCGCCGAACAUGCAACUUUUUUUUUUUUUUUUGAAAUUUGACUGUUGACUGAUUCCCCAUCCCAUCCACAUACUCUCUAGCGCAGGAACAAAACGAUCUGGGAUAGAGGACUCAAUUUAUCUGGUGCGCAUCCAGAUUGCACCCAUCUGUGUCUGCCAUAUGCAAACCGUGCGCAACGCGCUCAGCAUUUCAGCCUCUUGUUCCAAGGCUAAUUUAAGAAACCGUGUUGGGGUGAGUUGAAUGUGUAGCAGCAGCACACUACAAAGUCUGACAUAGUUUAGUUACUAAAUACGCAUAUUUCAUCAUUAUACAUUUUUUUAUUCAUAAAUUCAUCAAGACCAUUUGUUUCUAACCGGGAUUUAAAGUUAUGGAUUCAACGGAGGAUAACGGGGAGAGCAAGGCAGCACUCCGUCCAUGCGCGCCCAGGUCUCUUCUCCUGCGCUGUCUGGUCGGUUUCCCUACGGUGGUGUGUUUCAUGUUGUCCCUGAGCUCCAUAGCCAUCUGCCUGCUCAUGAGCUUCAAGACUUACCAACUGGAGAACCGACUGGAUGCCCUGGAGUUGGAGAAAAACACAGUGUUUAACCCUCCGGAGAGCGCCUUCACGCGCGAGGAUGGGACUGUACUACCGGCACUAAGGAGUUCUAUCGAGACGCUCCUGCAAGAGAGACUGAGUGAAGUGAUGCCUAAACUGCGCACGGCAAGGGACGUCCCCCAAGAGUGUUCCUGCCCACCAGGUCCUCCUGGAAAGCGUGGAAGGAUGGGAAGAAGAGGUGAUCCCGGAGCUCCAGGCAAGACUGGGAGAGAUGGAUACCCGGGCCCGCUCGGCAUGGAUGGCAAACCAGGUCUCCCAGGUCCUAAAGGAAGUCAGGGACCAGUGGGACUCAAGGGAGAUAAGGGUGACCAGGGAGACAUUGGGCCCAGGAUGGUCUUUCCCCGCUAUGACCACGGCUUUAUGUCUGGUGACCAGUCCAACUUUCAGAGACGCUUGAUGAAGGGUGACCAAGGGUCCCCGGGCCCCAGAGGCCCUCCUGGGAACACAGGCAAGGACGGGCCCCGCGGCCCCGCUGGAGAACAGGGUUUCCCUGGUCUCGAUGGUGUGGAGGGACAAGCAGGUGUACCUGGAAAGCCGGGUGAAGAUGGCGAGCCAGGAUACCCAGGGCCACAGGGACCCCCAGGGUCAAAGGGGGAGGCUGGUUUGCUGGGAGAGAAGGGGGAGAGGGGCAUGGACGGACUCCCAGGGUUUAAGGGAGACAAAGGAGAUAUCGGAGAGCAAGGCACCCAGGGAGACUUGGGUUAUCCUGGUGAAAAGGGGGUUCCUGGCUCUACUGAGGUCAUUGACUUCAAUGGGAAGCUACUAGAAGCCUUCCAGGCCAUCCAGACCAUCAGUGUCGGGGGCCCACCAGGGUUACCGGGGCCCCCAGGACCCCCAGGAGGAAAGGGAGAGCUAGGCUUGCCUGGGACAUCUGGACUAGAUGGGGAGAAGGGAGAUAUGGGGGAGACGGGGUCGAUCGGAGAGAAAGGAGAGAAAGGAGAGAUGGGUCUCUCUGGGCCAGGGGGGAGGGAUGGACAGAAGGGGGACAAGGGAGACUCCAGGCUGGAAGAUAACCUGGUUCAGAUGAUUUCUCAGCCAGGCCCUCCCGGCCCCCCGGGACCCCCCUGGACCUACAGGGUACAUGGGCCAUCAUGGAACGCCUGGCCCUAAGGGAGAGCCUGGAGACAAAGCUAAAGGGGAGAAGGGAGAUAUUGGACCUGCUGGACUGAGGGGUGUUGAUGGCCCUCAGGGUCCCCCCGGCUCCACAGGAUUGGUGGGUCUCCCAGGGACCAAAGGAGAGAAGG